AGACCUUAGCAAACGGCACACAGAACAAAAGAAAGAAGAAUGAGGAAGAAAAAACCCCCAAGAAUAAGACAAUCACCACAUCCACACCACAGACUUUUCCCCAAGUCAAACAGAAGAAUAAAAGACGACGAGAUUGAUGUGGACCCCCGCCUAGCAGACAAUUCUUUUGAUGCCAAGUUGGGAGCCAGCGGAGACUGGGGACAGAAAGCCAACAACGUUCUCAGAUUCACCAAGGGCAAAUCUUUCCGCCAUGAGAAGACUAAGAAAAAGCGCGGCAGUUACAGAGGCGGUGCCAUCUCCACCUCUGUGAACUCCAUCAGGUUCGACAGUGAAUGAGAUCCAAACCAAACAAGCAACAUCAGAACUCACUCCAUCUAUUUCUCUUCUUUGCUGUAUGAGGUCUAGCCAGUGUUGUUCUGGCCCAUCUACCCUCUCUUCCUGCAUGGCUGGCAGUUUACUGACACUGUUUUACGUUCAGUACUGUUGGGCCAGCAUAGACUGAAGGCAGCAACAGAAAGUGUCAGGUCCAUAUACAUUCUUUGAUACAGUUAGACAUGACAUCCACAUGGUGCCGCUGGUUCAUUGAGUGUUGCAUAUAUAAAGCAUUUUGAUUAGCUACAAUGUAAAUAAUCUGUUUUUGGCUUACUGUAAAAUGUUUUUUGAAGUUGGGUUUGACAGAUUAUGUAUGCACGUUCUAAAUGCCAAUUGUUAAUAAUGUACUAGAAAUUACAAAAUGAUAUCUGAGUUUUUUUUAACAUGAGGAUAAAUGUUGAGUUGUCUCACAAAUGUAAUUUUUAUGGUUGUGUUAACAUUUACGAGCCAAUUACAUUAAAAGCCAUAUAGUUAAUGACACCGCCCGUUUGACUGACACUGGAACACUUGAAUUGGAACACGUUUAUCCUCAUUAAAUUUUAGUUGUUUUGAUAUUUUAUUGUCCAUUCUGUGUUACACAGGGUUUUGUCAUUUUUCUCCCUCAUUAUCAGUCUUAUAACUAAUUAAAAUCUCGACUGAUGAACUUCAACUGCUUGUCUGUUUUUGGACAAAUACCAUCUCUAGUUCUGACAAGAGAUUAGCAUUUACAUGUUAAUUGUUAAAAAUGCCACUAUAGUUGAAAUUAGUAUGAACUUAAAUAUAAAAUUGUACCAAAUUUGUAAUGAGUAUGGCUUGGAAUUCAAAGUGAGCAUGUUUAUAUGCAAUAUUUUAACCUGUUAUGCUUAAAGGUGUA